GUCGAUUGCAAGCACAUUUGGGCUCCAGCUGGCUCCAGCAUGACGACACGGUCGAUCAUAAGUCUUCUUCAGCUGCGUUGUGCUCGCAUGCUCAUAUGUGCAUGAUCCCAUUACGUCCGAUCCCAGCGUUUCAACCAGUACUCCCGCGACCAUGAUGCCUAGUAAAGCAUCGAUUCUAUCCCAGAUGCCCCAGCACCCAGAGCAGAUUGACCUGCUCCAGCACACCCUCCUCUAUCUGGUGAUCAUCUUCUAUCACUCGCAAUAUCACGCCCCCAGCUAUCACGUGAAGUUCUCCAAGCAUAAACUCGUUCUCUCCCUUCACCUCGGCACCGGACUUUUCGAGGUUUUCGAAUACCGCCUCCGCCGCGUCCAGUUUGGCCAUGAUAGGAUUUUACCCAGUGAGCUGGACGUAGUUUCCUGCCUAGUCUGGUCAGUCACCAGUCUCCAGCUGGUUAAGACACUUCGUCGCGGCGAUCCCCAGACCACGCGCCCUCCCUAUCAAGCAGGAGCCAUUCUGCGCCCCGUCGUGUGUGUGCUCGCCUACCUGCUCCAGAGCCCUGACCUCCAUCGGCUCUCAGUUUAUGCGCUGGACAGCUUCGUCUAUGCACGCGUCUUUAUCUUCUUCUUCCAUUAUACCCCCUAUCUGCGGGAUACUCCUGGCAACACCAUAUACGCGCUAGCGAUUCCCUUGGCGGCUGCAUUCAGCAUUCAUGAGAGCCGCGUGCCCGGGGCGUCGGUGGGGUUCGUGCUGGCCAUGGCGUACAUUGCGAAGCUGAACGAAUGGGUAUCCCAGCGGUCUCGCCAGUUGAAAGAGUAAGGACUCCAUGACUCGAAUAGCACAUUCAAUGUUGUCUCGUUACUGACUCUGCGACCUAGACCUGAUGAGCAGGCAAAGGCGUCCACCGUUGAGAAACACCUGGUGACGGGGUUGCAGAGGCUGGGGUUCGCUGAGUUACAGGAGCUCCGAAGAGUCACAAACCAGCAGGCAUUAAAGAAGCCGCUGACGGAUGACUAUGUCUCCAGUAGUGAAGCAUCUGGUUGAGGAUUUAGAUCUUUUGACAGUCAUUAGUGUCACGGAACCGGAGGUGUGAUUCUAGAUUCCACCUGCGUUCUAUAGAAAUAUAUUCUCGCAGACGUGCAAGGCAGGAUGGGAGUGAAGAAGUUGUUCGAUGAAUGUCUCGCAAAUAAUCAAGGAGUAUCGGAG